AUGGCAAUCCAGCUCUUCCCAAUGAGACAAGUGUACCUACCCUUUUCCAAGGCUGAGAUAGACGAGGACACCAUUGCCGACGUCGGUCACGUCCUGCGUUCUGGCUGGCUCACCAAUGGGCCAAAGGUGGAGGAAUUUGAAAAGAUGCUAUCGGAUUACUUUGGAGGACGACAAGUGCGGACAUUCAACUCUGGCACAAGCAGCCUGGAAAUAGGGCUGCGGGUUGCGGGUAUUCGCCCUGGAGACCAUGUCAUCACAACACCCAUCUCAUGGGUUGCCACCGCAAAUGUCAUACUGGCCAUCGGGGCCACGCCUGUGUUUGCAGAUAUCGACAGAAAGACACGAAAUAUAGACUUGGAACAAGUUGAGAAAGCCAUUACCCAACGCACGAAAGCUAUCAUUCCUGUCCACCUGGCAGGACGGCCGGUUGACAUGGAUCGUCUCUAUGAUUUGGCCAAUAAGUAUAACCUAAGGGUCAUUGAAGAUGCUGCUCAAGCGAUUGGUUCCACAUGGAAGGGAAAGCGAAUUGGUUCAUUCGGCGACAUCGUCUCGUUCAGCUUUCAGGCUACAAAGAAUAUCACAACUGGCGAAGGUGGGUGUCUUGUACUCAACGACGAAAAAGAAGCCGCUCUAGCCGAGAAGUUGCGGUUCCAGGGUAUGGUGCGAAGCGGCUACGACGGCAUGGAAGUUGAUGUUCUGGGCGGCAAGCAUAACAUGAAUGAAAUUGCAGCGACAAUCGGACUCGGUCAAUUUGGACGUCUAGAGGAAAUCACAGCCAAGCGUCAUGCUCUUGCUCAGCAUUAUUUCACUUCUUUCGGUCCGGAUUUUGAGCAGGGUUUCAGGGAAGGCAUGUUUCCCGUCGCUGAGCAGGUUGGACGCUCUAUAGUGACACUACCCAUGUUCCCAUCAAUGGCCGAGUCUGAUGUUGAACGUGUGGUUUUCGCUGUUAGAGAUGUAUUUGAGACGCAUAGGUAG